GCGCCUGCGCAGUUUGUUUUUGUUUAUAUACUCUUAUCGCCAUUUUGUGUGCUAAAUUUCCUUUCAAUUUACAAACUAUUUCUUUCGUGAAAGUAUUCAAACGAUAAAACAACAAUAAAAAUCAUGACUGACGUUAUUGAGUUAAACGUAAGUGCGGAAGACAAAGAAACACUUCGUUGUGCAAAUUGCGGUGGUUAUUUGUUAUGGUCACCAAUACGCAUUUUACCAAACGGCAACAACAUCUGUGGACAUUGCCAUCUGAACAACGACGUGAUCUGCUAUCGGAACACCACUUUGGAAGCUCUCCUAAAACACGCCGUAUUCCCCUGCAAAUUUCGAGCCAACGGCUGCCAGGCACGUAUACGCUUCUCGUCGGCCUGCGACCACGAAAAGUGUUGCUCAUUUAACCAUUCCAAAACCAACGAGAACCAAGAGGGAAUUAUUUUCGUCGACGACGAAAUUUCGACAACAGCUGCAGAGCCGCCGAGCACAUCCCAGUCGAGCCCGUCUACAUCGCAGUCUGUGAAAGACAAAGUCAUUCCGCCACUUAUGAAAUCGUCGAACAGUGUCUAUGAGCCUCCUAAUAUUGGGGAUAUGAACACCAAACAUGAGCCUGCUUCACAGGCGGGAGGUACAUCAACGGGUAAUAACGCGAGCGAAUGUUCAGAAACGCCAUCAACCAGAUGGAACAAUCAAUCUAGAGGGAACCGACCGCGAUCUUUCGCUUCCGAUAACAGAUCGCCGGGUUACUGGUAUCGUAGGAGAAAUUACGCACCUCAACAGCCGUACCAUGUUGACUGGAGAUCCAACAAUCUGUGCGAUAGACAAUUCCACCCAGACCAUGUCAUGUUUAAACGACGGAACAAUGUCAUCAUUAUUAAGGGUGGCACGUUCUAUGUCAACUGGUAAACGUUCUGUUUGUUUUAUUACUUCCUUGUCGUAUGUUACUUGCUAGAAUAAUGUUUUAGUUUUCCAUAUUUCAUCUUUGGUUAGUUUCACUGGGAGUCGUUUUCUUUAUAAAGGUAUUCAUAAGAGUUGAAUUUAGUUUUGUACUUUUCAAAUAUAUGUAUUUAGUAUA